CGUCUUUCCCAGUCCCAGUGUGUUUUCGUUGUGCUUUGUUUUCGUCGCGUGGUCGCGUGUGUGUGUCAACUGUCAACUCUGUGGCAUGCUUCGAUUGCAGUUUGUCGUUGACUUGAACUCGCGUGUGAGAUAUGGUAAUUGAUAGAUUUUUGGCGGAGGCGGCCGAUCGUGUACGGUGAUUAGCGGAUUUGCAUAAAAUCCAUGUAGGAAAUCGAUACUUUGCCUAAAAAACCGAAAAAUGUAAAUCAAGAUUGAUAAUCCAGUUAGCAGAAGUGUGUCGAAUUGCGGUGAAAAGUGAGCGAAUAGGAAGAAAUGUUACAGCGAUCGGAAAGUAAAAGUGAUUAAAGUGUUGUCUAAUCGAUUGAGUCAGCGGCGAGCGACGGAGGAUGAACGAGUGAUGAAAAAUGUAAAAUUUUCGGCUGCCUUCCGCAUUUUGUCAUUUGUGCUUUCUGGUGUGAAAUUGGAGGAUGUGUACCUCUAUCGAUACGAUCAAAGCGAUUUGUUGGAUGUAACCUUUUGACAUUCCUGUGAGGCGAAAGGAAUCGUGUGAUUGUAAUUUUCGGGUGUCCGAGUUGAGUCCCGGGAGAAAUGUCACCGCACCAGAGAAGGCGACGUUGACGUUUCUCGGUUUUGAAUUUACACAACAGAAGCAGUGCAGUGAAAACGUAAAAUAAAUAAGAUAACAUACAACACCCAGUUGGCAACGGGUAACAACAACUGUGCGCUGUGCCCGAUUUCUUGGUGAAGUUGGAUUUCGGUACUUUCUCGGUGGUGUCCAGCCACCGCUGACUGGUGUGAUAGAGAGCUUGAGCGGCGGGAUAGUUCAAAGGGCCGAACUACACACUGUCUGUUUACAUCGAGAAUUGAAGGAGCAAAGCGCAAGCGGACGUCAAAAUGUGCAGCAAAAACAACUUUGAAGUUUUGAUGGAGAAAAUUAAUACGGGUAUUCCAACCUGCCCGAUUAAUUUGACCACGCUCCGCACCCGGUUGCCGGACAUUGGCAACUGGAACCUACCGCACAUAUGUAAGGAAGCCGUAACCAACAACAACAACAGCAGCAGCAACAACAAUAACAACAACUGUUCGGCCAACAUCGGUUCAGACGGAACGACCACCAUCGGGAGUAACUAUAGCAACAACCUCACGACGGCAGCAGCGGACUCCUUCUACCAGCCCCAAUCGCUGGGGGCCCUGUCGACUGUGACGGCCUCCACGACCGUCACCAGUUGCGGCACGUUGGGGGACAGCACGUCACCUGGCACGGGGACUACGACAACGCAGCAACCAUUGCCGCAGCACUACUUCAGCCAGGUUGCCUUCCAGCAACAGCAACAACAUCAGACUAAUCUGCACAAGUUCUACAAAGCCCACAAAAAGAUGCCGGGCUUCCGCGGCCGGAGAGGCUGGUGCGGGUGUUUGCAGGAUGACGAACCGCCCGAAAUCUGCGUGGUGGAGGGAGUAUUCUCCUUGCAGACGCUCACCCCCACCCAGCCGAUGCCGACCGUCGACGAGCUGGACAGCAAGUUUGCCGAACUCGUCGAGGAACUCGAUCUCACCGCACCAAACAAGGCAGCAAUGCUCAGUCUGCCACCGCAGAAGAAAUGGCAAAUCUACUGCUCCCGCAAGAGCCCACUGGACGCCACCGAUCCGAGUGGGGCUCCACUUCCCGGUGUCAACCUGCCGCCCACCCCCGAGCACUACAUCGAACGACUGAAGGACAUGGCCGUCCAACUCAAGGCUUCCUCGCCGGACGAAUCUCCCUCGCACGAGUACAGCCCCAAAAUCGAAUCUCACACGGCCCUGUUCGAUGCCCUCAAGACGGCCCUGCGCACCUCGGCGCACAGUUUCGUCAUUCGGUUCAUCGAGCUGCAGGGCCUGCCGGCACUGCUCGAACUGCUCCAGGCGUUGGACAUCCGAGUGGCCAACAGUCCACUGCACACUAGUCUCAUCGGUUGCAUCAAGGCGUUGAUGAACAAUUCGACCGGUCGCUCGCACGUGCUAGCCCACCCCACCGGUAUCGAUACGAUCGCGCGUUCCCUGGCGGCGGACAACAUCAAGACGAAGAUCGCCGCCCUGGAGAUCCUCGGUGCCGUAUGUCUCGUCCCCGGAGGCCACAAGAAGGUCCUGACGGCCAUGCUCAACUUCCAGGAGUAUGCCGCCGAGCGGGUCCGCUUCCAGGGGAUCGUCAACGAUCUGGACAAAUCGACCGGAGCCUACCGGGACGAUGUGAAUCUCAAGACGGCCAUCAUGUCCUUCAUCAACGCAGUGCUGAACUACGGACCCGGUCAGGAGAAUCUCGAAUUCCGGUUACACCUGAGGUACGAGUUCCUGAUGCUGGGAAUCCAACCGGUCAUCGAUAAACUGCGGAAGCACGAAAAUGAGACGCUGAAUCGGCACUUGGACUUUUUCGAAAUGGUACGGAACGAGGACGAGAAAGAACUGGCCAGAAAGUUCAACCACGAACACGUAGACACCAAGAGUGCAACCGCAAUGUUCGAUCUGCUGAGGCGGAAGCUGAGCCACUCAACGGCUUACCCGCAUCUCGUGAGUCUCCUGCAACACAUGCUCCUGCUUCCACAUACCGGUCCAAAUGCCCAGCACUGGUUGAUAUUCGACCGAGUGGUUCAACAGAUCGUCCUACAACAGGAGGAACGUCCUCCAAGCGAAAUUGACCCCGACAGUCAGGACAAAACGUCCCAAUCGUCGCUGAAACUCCAAGACCCGGACAUCGCACCGCUCCAGAUCGACGUUAGAAAAAUAGUCAAACUUUUAGUCAAAGAAGAAGAACUGGUUGCCGCCCGAACCCGAGCCGAAGACCUCGAACGGGAAAAUUCCGAAAUCAAUGCCAAGCUGGCCAAAAAGGAACAGGAACUGGACCUGCGAACCCAGGAAAAGGAAGAUCUCGAAACCUCUCUGGCCCGCAUGCGGGAACGACUGGAGAAGGAAAGCGCCAACCACUCGCAAGCCGUACAGCGAGCUAUGAAUGCCGAAAUGCGAGUCGAAGAUCUCCAGCAUCGGUUCGUCAGUGAACAGCAGGAGCGAAUCCGCCUGGAACGACUAGUCACCGAAGGAAGCAUUCCGGACGAUCAGAAAGUCGCCGGACUGCAGGGUUGCAACGGUCAAGUAUCUCCUCCACCUCCGCCUCCUCCCUGCAAGCUACCACCUCCCCCGCCACCGAUGAUGGCCGCCCCACCACCUCCACCCGUACCCGGAAGUUUACCCAAGAUCGCCAACCCGAACGUUCCGAACCAGCCGGCACCGCCGAAACUGGAAGCCCCGAAGAAGAACGUCCCCCAACCGGCCAACCCGCUCAAGAGCUUCAACUGGUCCAAACUUCCCGACAGCAAACUCCAGGGAACGGUUUGGAGCGAACUGGACGACACCAAGUGGUACAACAGCAUCGAGCUGGAGUCUAUCGAUAAGCUCUUCUCCGCCUACCAGAAGAAUGGCGUUGCGUAUACGUUUCCAUUCCAGAACGACGGUUCGAUCGAGGAUCUCCGCUUGAUCGGGAAGAACAAGACGAAAAUCCUAUCGGUGAUCGACGGUCGGCGGGCGCAGAACUGUACCAUCCUGCUGAGCAAGCUCAAGAUGAGCGACGAGGAAAUUUCCAAAGCCAUUCUAUCGAUGGAUUCCAGUGAACAGCUGCCAAUCGACAUGGUCGAACAGCUACUGAAGUUCACCCCGUCGGCCGAGGAACGAGCCCUGCUGGACGAACAUUCCGAGGACAUCGAUUCGCUGGCACGAGCCGAUCGGUUCCUUUAUGAAAUUUCCAAAAUACCUCACUACGAGCAGCGUCUGAGGAGUUUGCACUACAAGAAGCGCUUCCUGGUGACCGUGAACGACCUUUCGCCGCGAAUCGCCAGCGUUAUGGAGGCAUCCCGGGAGGUAGCCCGUUCGCGAAGACUCCGAAAGCUUCUCGAGCUGGUCUUGGCCCUGGGAAACUACAUGAACCGCGGUGCACGGGGCAAUGCUUCCGGUUUCCGGCUGGCAUCGCUUAACCGAUUGGCCGACACGAAGAGCAGUGCCGCCAAGGGCACGACCCUGCUGCACUAUCUGGUGCAGAUCAUCGAGAAGAAGUUCAAGGACAUUCUUUUCCUGGAGGAAGACCUACCGCACGUAAAGGAAGCAUCCAAGGUUUCGCUCGGGGAAAUGGACAAGGACAUCACGAUGCUGAGAGCCGGACUGGCCGAGGUUAAUCGGGAGAUUGAAUUCCAUCGGAGUAGCGGAGUACCGCAGCCAGGCGAUCGGUUCCUGCCUGUGAUGAGGGAAUUCCACGCGCAGGCUUCCGUGCGCUUUGCCGAACUGGAAGAUCAAUUCCAGGACAUGAAGACAAGGUUUGACCGGGCGGUGCGAUUGUUCGGAGAGGACGGUGCCGUGGUGCAGCCGGAUGAGUUCUUCGGCAUCUUCGAUGGAUUCCUGACCGCACUGAUGGAAGCCAAGCAGGACAAUGAAAACUUCCGCCGGCGGCACGAGGAGGAAGAGAAACGAGCAAAGCAGGAAGCUGAGCUCAAAAAGCGCACCAUCGAGCGCAAGUCCAAGGAGGGCCUGCUGAAUUCGGUCGCCAAGAACUUGGGCCUCAAGUCGUCCAAGAGUUCAAACGGGUCGUCGAACGGUGGCAGUCCGGUGGCCGGAGAUGCCAGCAACAAAGGUGAGUUUGACGAUUUGAUUUCAGCCCUCCGGACGGGGGACGUGUUCGGCGAGGACAUGGCCAAAUUUAAGCGAUCGCGCAAAACACGGCUGGGACCGGCCACCAACGGAGGCAACAACACUUCGCCGCCCCGGAGCCGCAACAGCAUCAACCGCGAGGACAGCCGGGAACGGCCCGUCGUUACCAACCGGCGGCAGUAAGUUUCAAUUUACGAUUGUUAGCAGACAGUCACCUUUCGAACCAAAGGUGUGUUGAAAAAUUGUGGACGUACUUUUAGAAGCGGUUUGUUUUUGAUCAACUUUUUUUUUCGGGGAAAUAUUCCCAAUUUUUUCUGUUAUUUGUACACCUGUAAACGAGAAAGAGACCAAAAAUUUGUGAGUAAAGCUCAAAGAAAAAUGGAUGAUAAAUAUUUGUAAACAAAACAAACAAAAAAAGGCACCUUUGCUUUGUAGGUAAAGUCGAAUAUGUUCCGGUUAUUCCAAAUAGAGACUGUUUGAGCAGAUUUGGAGGAAAUCGCCGAAAAAAAGUAUAAUUAGAUAAAAGAUUAUAACACGAUAAUGUUUAAAUAAAGAUUUUUGAGAAUGUUUUACACAAUCGCACGAUACAGAAUAAUAAUAACAAAAACAACAGCAACAAUAAAGCUAAACGAAAAUAUACACCCAGAUGGAAGCCAAUCGUUUUUAAAGUAAGCUUAACUCUCGUCGAUGUAGUUUAUAUAGGAACGUUAUCCAGAGCAAGAAGAAUGCUUACAUAAUCAUCAUCGUUACACUCCUGCACGUCAUUUUCAAUCAUUUUAAGUUACCAUUUUCCUGCUCGCGUUUCUUUUGCGCAGGCUCAAUCGGCGGAACUUUACGGAGCCACGCUUGUAUAAAAUAUGUUGAUUGACUUUUGUUUUCGAAUUGUAAAAAUCUUCUCCUGUUUCUGUAUUUAUUCUAUAAAUCUCAUUUCUUCGACUAAGCUAUUAUACGCGACAGCUGUUACCCCUAAGAAGUAUUCUUUCUAGUGACGUUAUAUGCAUAUCUUCCCUGUGUUUUUUUAACCUAGAAACUUCUACACUCUCCAGUCCAAGCAAUCGGUUGAGCUUUUUGAAUCUUGCUUUGCGUAGAGGGAUUUUCUGUAUAUAACCUAGAAAUUGGUAAUCGAUAAUCGAUAAGACAAACUCACAAACGCUAUAAGUAUCACAGAAAUGGCAUCAACAUAGUCCUUUUUGAAAUUAAAGAAAAAAGUUAGAUUAGCCAGAUGUUUUUCCUGUUUUUAAAUGAAAUAUUAAAAAGAAAAAGAGUAAAUACCGUAGCCUAGCAAAAUGACGGAACAAACGUUACAAGGACAGUGGUUUUAACAUGCACUUUCAUCAUCUCAUCUAUGUGCUUACUUCUCUCAUAUAAUAGCCUUCCCAGCUAGAAAGUUUAGAGAUUUAAAAAUUAAGAAGAAUUUUAACAACAAAUCCAAACUGCACACACACACACACACGCAUUCAUACAAACGCGAUUAAUCUAGAUGUUCUCUGCUUAGCAACAAACCGUAAGAAGGAACAACAAAUAGUCGAAUCAAUAGCAUCAGCUUAGACUUCCAUGAACUACAAAAAAAAAAACCUUGAAACCCAUAAAAGGGCAGUUUCACAGAACAACAAGGCACGGGAAAAUUGCAACUGAGUUUAUCGUGGAUGAAAAGAUUGAGAGGAAAAUGCCAACCAUCGAUUUUGACAUGGAUACAAACAACCCUAUUAUUACUUACUAUUCUAUAUUAUUAUUAUAUAUAUUAGACUCGCGGAUGGAAAAAUUGAUAAUAUAUACAAUUGCACCAUGAGGACAAGUCAAACGCUGCAACAUUGUCGGAAAAAGUAUCGAAUAAUAAUUCAAA